GUCCUUUUGGUCGCACGUCUUCAUCAUCAUCUUUAUCAUCAUCAUCAUCAAAGACCUCUCUUUGUCCCCGUGACAGCUAUUUAUUAACGAAAACCUCACCGACCCAAUUCUCUUAUUUCCCCCAAAAAUCUAGUUCUGUGUUUUGUAAUUUAAGCUCCGCAGAAUCUUAACCAAUUGUACAUCGAAAAGUUUGGUGUUUGGAGAAAGCUAAGCUAUUGAGAGAAUCUCUCGGAUUAUAUCACAUGUCGGAAAAUUCGGUUCCGGCUUGUCUUUCAGGUUGUGUACUGCGGAGAUAAAUCUUGGAAGAAAGAAAUUAUAAAAAAAAAAAACAGGAGGAUGGGGAAGAGCAAACCAACAACUUUAUUGCGUUUAGUUUCGACAGUUGCCGGAUUUGUUUUCGCGAUUCAUCUAAUCAUCCUAUACAGCAGAAACUAUAGUGUAGAUAAUCUCGAAGUCUCUUCUCAGUCACUACUACUCCACCAUCAUCCCCUUGUACAUGAGCUGGAACGAGUUGAACAAGAGAACAUUCACAUGCCUCCUCCUAGGAAACGUUCUCCACGAGCUAUCAAAAGAAAACCCAAAAGACCAACAACCACUCUUGUCCAAGAGUUUCUCGACGAGAACUCUCAGAUUCGCCAUCUUUUCUUCCCCGACAUUAAAUCCAGCUUUGGUCCGACCAAGGAUGGUGGUGGUAAUGACACAUCGCUGCACCACUUCUUCCCUGGGAAGAUUUGGUUGGACACUGAAGGGAAUCCGAUUCAAGCACACGGUGGUGGUAUAUUAUAUGAUGAAAGGUCCAAGAGUUACUAUUGGUACGGUGAAUAUAAAGAUGGAGUAACGUAUCACUCUCACAAGAAAGGAGCAGCUCGUGUUGAUAUAAUUGGUGUUGGAUGCUACUCGUCGAGAGACUUAUGGACGUGGAAGAACGAAGGUGUUGUCUUAGCAGCCGAAGAACUAGACGAGACACAUGACUUACACAAGCUCAACGUUCUCGAGCGACCUAAAGUGAUUUACAACUCGGACACCGGUAAAUACGUGAUGUGGAUGCAUAUAGACGACGCGAACUACACCAAAGCUUCUGUAGGUGUAGCCAUUAGCGACAACCCGACCGGUCCGUUCGAUUACUUAUACAGCAAGUCACCGCACGGGUUCGACAGCAGAGACAUGACCGUCUUCAAAGACGACGACAACACCGCCUACUUGGUCUACUCCUCGGAGGACAACAGCGUUGUCCACGUCGGUCCGUUAACCGAGGAUUACCUCGGCGUUAAACCGGUGAUGAAGAGAAUCAUGGUGGGACAACACAGAGAAGCGCCGGCUGUUUUCAAACACCAAAACACUUACUACAUGAUCACGUCUGGCUGCACGGGUUGGGCACCGAACGAGGCGUUGGCUCAUGCGGCUGAGUCGAUGAUGGGUCCGUGGGAGACGUUGGGGAACCCUUGUGUUGGCGGGAACAAGAUUUUUCGGUCGACGACGUUUUUGGCGCAGGGGACGUAUGUGGUGCCGUUGCCUGGUGUUCCUGGUGGGUUUAUAUUUAUGGCGGAUAGGUGGAACCCUGCGGAUUUGAGAGAUUCGAGGUAUUUGUGGCUGCCGCUGAUAGUUGGUGGAACGGCUGAUCGGCCUCUUGAGUCUAGUUUUGGGUUUCCGGUGUGGUCGAGGGUCUCUGUAUAUUGGCAUAGACAAUGGCGGUUGCCUUGGGGAGGAGAGAAGGAGAUUGCUUGAGGAAAUAGAUAGAGCUUUUCAAACUCUUUUUCACUUGUCUCUUCUUCUUCUUUUUUUUUUUUCUGUUGUGCAUUCUUAUGGUUGUGUUGUUGUUGUGCUGCUUUGUUUUGGUUUACUGGUAUAUAUGUAGACACUAUACAGGAUUAUAGGCCUUUGUUAAUAUCAGAUCAGUUUGGUGACUGUA